GCGGCGGUGCUGCCGGCGCUGGGGACCUGGUCGCACGGCGGCGCGCGCCCCCGCGACGAGCACCACGACCGAGGGCUUCACUGCGACCGCGACCUCGGUCUCUGCGGCCGGCGCGCUCGUGUCGCCCCUGCCGGCGUCGGCGGACGCGACAAUGGGAGGGCUGUCGGGCAGGUGGCUGGCCCCUGCCAUCUCUAACGGUGUUGGCUACUCUCUCCUGCCGGCCGGCAUGACCUGCGACGAGGUCGGCCUUGGCGACGUGUCGGACUCCUCGGGGUGCAAGUCGGCGAUGGGUGCCGCUGGACUUGGCGAGCAGACCUUCAGUGACAUCCCGGCUGCAUUAGGCUUCAGUUGUGUCUACGACUCGGCAUCUGGCAUUGUGCUCUACUCCCUGUCCACUGGCCCCGAAACGCUACCAGACCCGAAGUAUCGGUACAUGUGCCCAGGCAUCCGCACGAGCACUGUCUCCUCCUCUACGACCGAGACCGUGGCGUCCCCGCCUGGCUUCUCGAUUCUGGCCCCGGGCCGGACGUGCGCAGAUGUGGGCCUGGCUGACAUCCCGAGCAGAGGGCAAUGCUUCGCCGCGGCGCCGGGCCUCGGUGUGACCACGUCGACGCAGAUCUUCGUCCCGGGCGCUGCGACCGGGAUCAGUUGCGCAUACGACACCAGGUUAGACAUACUGUUUUUCGUGGAGACGACCGGCGACCAGACGAGGGGAGAUGAGAAGUACCGCUUCCUCUGCCUCGGGGCGCACACGACUACGGGCAUCCCCGCGGUGACCGCGACCUCGGUCUCGACGGCCAGCGUGCUCCCGUAA